AUGACUACGCAGACAAAUCGUCUAUAUGUUCAAAGCUCGCUAGGCGUCAACAUGGAUCUGACGCCAACUCCUACACCUAAUCGUCCAUUGUCGCAUAAGGAGUAUCUGGAUACCCUGGAGCGGCCAUCUCCUGCCGACAUACGAAGGAUAUCGGACGUCCAGUUACAGAAGGAACAGGCAACGGCCACCAGGUAUCACUCGGAAGAAGAGCAUGAUGCUGCGAAGCUCAUCCAGCGAGCCUAUCGGGGCCAUCGAGAAAGGCGGCAGAUCGACGGCCUCAACUUGGAUCCGUCUUCGCGAUGGCUAGAGAUAAUCAAAGAAUGGCAGUACAGAUCCGCCACAGCGCCACAUCUCAAUUACAUCAAUAGCCACAUGCCAGAUGGUCGGGUAAGAUCCAAGUCCACUUCCGAACAGGCCCGAAUGAAUUGGCGGCGAGCAGAAGCAAUCGCCAAACAUGCUGGUGCUGGAGAAAGCACUUCAGCCUUAGAGCAGCAACCUGAACCAUCAUCCUCAUUCGGCUCGAGGAGAAGCAGAAAGGUAAAAUACGAAGAGCCCAGCACCAUGCUCCUUGACUUGCGCUACUUCCUUGAGAUGGUUGACCAAAAGCACCGCUACGGAGCGAAUCUUCAAGUGUAUCACGAACAAUGGCAGCAAUCACAAACGGAUCAAAACUUUUUCCAUUGGCUCGAUCAUGGUGACGGACGUGAUCUGGAUCUCAGUAUGUGCAGCCGCGACAAGCUGGAGAGGGAGCGAAUCCGCUACCUCAGUAAAGAAGAGCGGAAAGACUAUCUGGUAGAGGUUGACUCCGAAGGGAUGCUCCGCUGGGCGAAGAACAACGAGCUUAUCACGACGAGUGUGGACCAAUACCAGGACUCGAUGCACGGCAUUGUACCCAAAGGAUCCACGGAUCCAGCCUACACGGAUCCAGAGUCAAGGGAGAAAGCCGAUGCAGACGCAUCAUUCAGUACCAAGCUUGCCGCAGUUGGUGGUCUCUUUCGCGAUACUUUGCUCUCCGACAAUGCCUCGCAAUUCGAAUCGUCUUCUUCAUCCAGCGCAUCCUCCUCUACCUCGGGUUCAGAGGCAGCUCGCCGAGGAGCUACAGAAGACGGAACACCCGGCGUGCCCAAGAAGCAAGGAAAGAAGUUCCACGCCUCUCCCGCCACAAUCUUGAACCAUCUCCUCCGUGCCUCAGUCCGUCCUGGAACCUGGAUCUAUGUAGCUGAUACAGUAGGACGUCUGUACGUUGGGAUCAAAUCUAGUGGAGCCUUCCAGCAUGCUUCCUUCCUUUCCGGCGCGAGAAUCAGUUCUGCCGGUAUCAUCGGCAUCAAGGACGGCAAACUCAUAUACCUGUCUCCAUUGUCUGGACACUAUAGACCCACAACAAGAAGUUUUCGCCGCUUCAUUGAUAGUCUCAAAGAUCAGGGCGUGGACAUGAAGAAGACGAAAGUCUCCAAGUCUUACGCCGUCUUGCUUGGUAUGGAGUACUAUGGCAAGGGUAAGAAAGAUCUUGGCAAGGUGUUCAGGCCUGGCCAUGAUGAGGUGAAGCAGAAGAGAAAAGAAGCAAGGAUGCAAGAAAGGAUGGAGAAGAGGCUAGCGAAGAGGAAUGGCGAUGAUCCCGAUCUAUUGACGGUGUCUUCCAUCGCGGUUGGAAAACCACGGGCGAGUUUCAGCGCUUAUGCAACGGAGGAGGUGGAGAGGAACUGGAGAGCUGAGCAUGGGGAGACGUACCGUGAAGGACGGAGGAGGGGACUUUCGAGAGUCCUGAUGGGAUGGGAUCAAGAGGAGAAGGAGUUCAGAUCAAUGCAAUCUUGA